GCCAGUCGCAGUGUGUCUGACAGCAGAUGGAGGAGCUUUAAGAGGCUCUAAAGUGAUCCACUGACUGCCAUUCCCCCAGUGAAACUAGGGAUUAUUUUACAUCUAUAUUGUGAAAAACUGACAUGGGAAACUGCAACGACUCAACUGUGAAGGAACUCCAAGCUUGUGAGAGUCACCAGUGGUACCGAAAAUUCAUGACUGAGUGCCCGUCCGGACUUCUCACCUUCUACGAGUUCAAGAAGUUCUUUGGCCUGAGGAAUCUGUCAGAGACGUCAAAUGCCUACAUUGAGACUAUGUUUACGACGUUUGAUAUGAACGACGACGGUUUCAUUGAUUUCAUGGAGUAUGUGGCCGCUCUGAGUCUGGUGCUGAAAGGGGGAGUGCAGCAGAAGCUCCGAUGGUACUUUAAACUGUAUGAUGUAGAUGGAAGUGGCUGCAUCGACCGUGAGGAGCUGCUUCUGAUAAUUAAGUCCAUUCGUGCAAUCAAUGGAGUUUCUAACGAGAUGUCAGCAGAGGACUUUACCAACAUGGUAUUUGACAAGAUUGACAUCAAUGGAGAUGGUGAAUUGUCCUACGACGAGUUCAUGGAGGGGGUUCAGAACGACGAAAUGCUCCUGAAGAUGCUCACGGAGAGUCUGGACCUCACACACAUUGUCCAAAAAAUUCAAGGAGAGAUGAAGGCCAACAUGUAGUAUUUCCAACUUUACAGACUGAGAAAUGCAAAUUUUUAUGUAACUGUGCCACAGCUGAAUGAGUGAAGAUGUGGGUUCCGGAUAAUCCACAAAUCAUCAUCAGGACGAAAGGAUGUGGACCAGUCUCUGGAUCAAAGUACAGUAUCAGCUGAACCCUUUUGGUUUUUCCUUUCUCCUCCAAUUAUGACUGUGGUUAUUAUUCCAUUUCCACAUUCGUCCUUUAUUGUUGCCAUCAAAAUGUCUCGCUAGGAGUGUUCUUUGUUUGUGUACAUUUCUUUUUUUCAUCUUUGUUCAUUUGUUUUGCAAUGAGAAAACCAAGCCUGUGCUGCAAAUGGCCCAUGGUGUUGAUGAACGGAUGUAUUAUGGACGUUGAUGGUGUGUUAGUGUGUGUGUAUGUGUACUUGGGUGCACAGGCUCUUGGCUUUGCGUAAAAUUUCAUCCGUGGCACAUAACUAGCCUGGUCGGACAGACGCAGAGAGACUGGCAACAUUCACAAGGAAGACAUGAAGUAUUCAACGACGACUUUUUGGUCACUUUGUUGCUCAUAUGGUGCAUUGUGCAUCAGUGGUUCCUAACUCUUUUGGCUUAUGAGUCCUUGAAAUUAAGUAACAUGUAACCCCUCACCACAGGUUGCGGCCUUACUGUGGACAGUUUGGCAGAGUUU